UUCAACGAGUGCAGUGUGUACGGGACAUGCAGUCAGACGUGCUCCAACAACAAGGGCUCCUACACCUGCAGCUGUGUGGAGGGCUACCUACUGCAGCCAGACAGCCGCUCCUGCAAGGCCAAGAACGGUGAGACACACACAAUCAAACAUCAACAUAAAGCUAGACUUUUCUUCAGACAUAUCACCAAGUAAUAAUUGUGUUUCAGUUGAUUUGUUUUGUUUUGAUCCUGUCAUGCUGUGUUAUUUUGGGGGAAUCAGAUUUGCACGGUGUGACACUCUCUCUAAUGCUGUUACAACUGAAUUUACAGGGAAGAGAUGUCAGAGAUAUGUGACCUUUCUUCCAUCUCCUGUCACCAUCUUCCCCUCUUGACCUCUCCUUCUUUCUCUUCCCCUCCUCCCUCCCUCUCCCCCUCUCUCCGUCUCUCUCUCUCAACCGAGCUCUCGUCCUCUCUCUUCAUACUCUACUCUUCCUCUCGAUCAUAUCAUCUCUCUCCGCGAUCUCUCUCUCUGCUGCUUGUCCUUUGCUCCUCUCUCUCUCUCUCUCUGCUCUCCUCUCUCACCUCCCUCUCCUCCCUCUCUCUCUCCUCUUCCCUCUCUCUCUCCAUCUCUCCCUCCCUCUCUCUCUCUCCCUCCCUCCCUCUGUCUCUCUCUCUCUCCCCUCCCUUUCUUCUUCCUCUCCUCCCUCUCUCAGAUCCUGUGGAACAGCUGCCGGUGCUGCUGAUCACUAACCUCAAUGACAUCCGCUGUACGUCUCUGAGUGGCAUGCCCACCCGCCUCCCGGCCAUCAGCACCAAGAAGGUUAGAGCUCUUUUUUAUUUCCUUAUUAUACAUAUUUCCUGUUUGUUUACUGUUAAGGUAACACUUUAUUUGGAUAGUCCCAAAUAGAUGGUUUGUAGAUGUUCAGUCGAUUACUAUUUGCAUUGACCCCCUUAUUUUAAUUUCUUGCAUUGACUCUUUUGCACAGGCUCGAUGUACACUCACUACACUGACACUCCAACACACACACACACACACACACACACACACACACACACACACACACACACACACACACACACACACACACACACACACACACACACACACACACACACACACACACACACACACACACACACACACACACACACACAUUCAUUCACAUUCCUUCACAGUCUUCACAGUCUUCACAUACGCUGCUGCUACUCUCUGUUUAUUAUCUAUGUAUAGUCACUUUUAUCCCUACCUACAUCUACAUAUUACCUGGACUAACCUGUACCCCGCACAUUGACUCAGUACCAGUAACCCCUGUAUAUAGCCUUGUUAUUGUUAUUUUAUUGUGUUACUAUUUUUCCAUUAGAUUAUUUAGCAAAUUGUUCUAAUUUUUUUAAACUAUGCAUUGUUGGUUAAGGGCUCAUAAGUAAGCAUUUCACGGUAAGGUCUACACCUGUUGUAUUUGGCGCAUGUGACAAAUACAAUUUGAUUUGAUUUUAACAACGUUUCAUCUAACUAUCCACUCACAAUAUCCCUAGCUAGCCCUAUCCCUAACCUUAACCCCUACACUAACCCUAGUCCUGUUGUGUCCCACACAGAGGAUCACGUUGGAAAUAAAAGCUUUAUAAUGCUGAUUACAGUGGCUUGCGAAAGUAUUCAACCCCCUAAUGAACUCCCCCAUAACCUAAUGGUGAUUAUACUACAUGGAAGGGGAGGGUAUCCUCGCUGUCUAUAAGGAUUGUAAUGCCUACAGUGGCUUGCGAAAGUAUUCACCCCCCUUUGGCAUUUUUCCUAUUUUGUUGCCUUACAACCUGGAAUUAAAAUGGAUUUUUGGGGGGUUUGUAUCAUUUGAUUUACACAACAUGCCUACCACUUUGAAGAUGCAAAAUAUUUUUUAUUUAGAAACAAACAAGAAAUAACACAAAAAAACUUGAGCGUGCAUAACUAUUCACCCCCCCAAACUCAAUACUUUGUAGAGCCACCUUUUGCAGCAAUUACAGCUGCAAGUCUCUUUGGGUAUGUCUCUAUAAGCUUGGCUCAUCUAGCCACUGGGAUUUUUGCCCAUUCUUCAAGGCAAAACUGCUCCAGCUCCUUCAAGUUGGAUGGGUUCCGCUGGUGUACAGCAAUCUUUAAGUCAUACCACAGAUUCUCAAUUGAAUUGAGGUCUGGGCUUUGACUAGGCCAUUCCAAGACAUUUAAAUGUUUCCCCUUAAACCACUCAAGUGUUGCUUUAGCAGUAUGCUUAGGGUCAUUGUCCUGCUGGAAGGUGAACCUCCGUCCCAGUCUCAAAUCUCUGGAAGACUGAAACAGGUUUCCCUCAUGAAUUUCCCUGUAUUUAGCGCCAUCCAUCAUUCCUUCAAUUCUGACCAGUUUCCCAGUCCCUGCCGAUGAAAAACAUCCCCACAGCAUGAUGCUGCCACCACCAUGCUUCACUGUGGGGAUGGUGUUCUCGGGGUGAUGAGAGGUGUUGGGUUCAGUUUUAGUCUCAUCUGACCAGAUUACCUACUUCUAUAUGCUUGGGGAGUCUCCCACAUGCCUUUUGGCGAACACCAAACUUGUUUGCUUAUUCUUUCCUUUAAACAAUGGCUUUUUUCUGGCCACUCCUCCGUAAAGCCCAGCUCUGUGGAGUGUACGGCUUAAAGUGGUCCUCUGUAGCUCAAUUGGUAGAGCAUGGCGCUUGUAACGCAAGGGUAGUGGGUUCGAUCCCCGGGACCACCCAUACGUAAAAAUGUAUGCACACAUGACUAUAAGUCGCUUUGGAUAAAAGUGUCUGCUAAAUGGCAUAUUAUUAUUAUUAUUAUUAUAGUUACUCCAAUCUCCGCUGUGGAACUUUGCAGCUCCUUCAGGGUUAUCUUUGGUCUCUUUGUUGCCUCUCUGAUUAAUGCCCUCCUUGCCUGGUCCGUGAGUUUUGGUGCGCGGCUCUCUCUUGGCAGGUUUGUUCUGGUGCCAUAUUCUAUCCAUUUUUUAAUAAUGGAUUUAAUGGUGCUCCGUGGGAUGUUCAAAGUUUCAGAUAUUUUUUUAUAACCCAACCCUGAUCUGUACUUCUCCACAACUUUGUCCCUGACCUGUUUGGAGAGCUCCUUGGUCUUCAUGGUGCCGCUUGCUUGGUGGUGCCCCUUGCUUAGUGGUGUUGCAGACUCUGGGGCCUUUCAUAUGCACGCACCACUUUUCCGUUAUUUAUUUUUUAUAAUUUUUUGAAACAAGUAAUUAUUUUCAUUUCACUUCACCAAUUUGGACUAUUUUAUGUAUGUCCAUUAGAUGAAAUCCAGAUAAAAAUCAAUUUAAAUUACAGGUUCUAAUGCAACAAAAUAAGAAAAACGCCAAGGGGGAUGAAUACUUUUGCAAGGCUCCUUCUGUCUUAUCCUCUGUGAAUUGAAACUAUUGUGAAGUGUUUUUGGGUCUUUGAAAAGCGCUAUUUACAACCCAAGGUAUUAUUGUUGAAUCUUUAUUUACUUUGUCCAAAAACAGACCACUGCCAUGGACUUCAACUACGCCCAGGAGACUGUAUGUUGGAUCGAUGUGGGCGACACGUCCGCCAACACCCAUCUGAAGUGUGCCUCCAUCCCUGAGCUGAAG